GUACACGGAAAAAAAUAAUUUAGUAAUUGUUAAUAGUUGAUCAUAGUUUAGUUGUGUCACCUUAAUAAUAGUUAAUCCAGAUUCGUAGUUAAUUGUCGUUACCAAAACGAUUAGUAACAUGUAUCAAAUGAUUUUAGUUAUUUAUAUUAUAGUUGAGUUAACUUAAUAUAAAGCUGCUUAAAAGUAUAACUAUUUUAUUUGUUUCACAUUACCAAACAAUUUAGUUAAUUCAAUGUUUUUAAGAUCCAACUGUAUUAAUUUAGUUGUAUAUUACAAGAGAUUCUAUUUUUAUACUUUUAAUUGGGUAAAUCCGUAUUCGUAUUCCUACGCGGCGCGCUGUUUACGUAAACAUGUUAGAGAAGAGUAGUACCAUAAAAUAAACAUGAACAAAGCGCGGCGGACGCCGGACAAUGGACAUUAUACAUUUUAGUAUUUUACAUGUGAUACGUCUAAAAUCUAAAUGUCUUAAUUUUUCUUAUUUCUUUAUUCAACCGUUUAACUGUUAGUUUGGAUUUCAAUUUAGCAGAUCUUUUAGCAUUGUGAAUUCGUGCUUCAGUAGUCAGGACCACGAUCUCAUAUAACACAUACAUAGGUAGGUAGUUAUUGGAAAUUGAAGAUUAUUUAUACCUAAUUGAUUUUACAAUGGACAGUUGGACUACUGAUAUUUUGAAGCAAUUGGAGAUGCCCGAACAUGUUAUCAAUAAGUUUAUAGAAGAAGAGAUAGACAAAAUAACCUUUCUAGCCCUUACUGAAAGUAUGCUUAAAGAAUUAGUACCCAAAUUAAAAUUAAGAGCUAUAUUAUAUUCAAAAAUAGUUGAACUAAAAGAAGAAAAAUGUACAGUACACCUCAACGACACAAAUGUGGCUCCAAACAAAGACGAAGAGUUUAUUAAUUUGAUCAAUCCAAUAAAUACCAUAGAUAUGAUACAUGAUAUAACAAAUUUUGAAAUAAUGAAUGAAAAGGAAAUGGAUGGAACAGUAAUUGAUAAUAGCUUAGUAUUGAGCAGUGAUGAAUUUUUAAUACAGGAUAUUCCAUCUUGUAACAAUCGCAUUAAACUUAUUUUGGAACAAUCUCAAGAAGGAAAAAAUGUUUUAAAGUUUUAUCAUUCAUCUAACAAUUUUUCAUAUGCUGUAAGAAACAAACUCGUUCGAUUAAUAAUUGAUUAUGAAGUUACACAUAGUCCAGAUCAAAAACUUUCUAUGAAUCACUUACUUCAAUUAUCCCAAAGUAUUGUACAGAUUUUCCCCAAUGAAUCAGAAAGUACAUAUUUUAUUCCUUACUUAAAAAGUAAAGAAUAUGUUAGACCAACAAGAGGGAAAUUAUUUGACCGGUAUUGCAAUUUGACAAAGGAUAUCAGAAAAUUAAAUGUCAGCCCAUCUACAACCACAGGUGAAUGUUCCUCAAAUACCCCAGUAACUGCAUUCAACCAAGAUUUAAACGAUAGUAUCUUAUGGUUGAAAAACAAUAGAGAAUCCAUGGAUAUUGUAGUUAAUAAAUGGACAGAAACGUUUAGUUUAAGAUAUGAUCAAAUGUUAAAAAGUAACAAACAAUUGAACUAUUUUCUUGAAUAUCCUGCUAUAAGUGGUCCUCUAGGGUAUAAGUUGAUUGAAAUUGAUUUUAAUAUAUUACAACCAGAAAAGCAAUUAAAAUUGUUUGACUUAUUUCCCAUUUUAAUUGAGUGUUUGCCAAAAUACAUUAAACACUUUAAACCGCAGCUUAACAAAGAAGCAAGUUAUCAAAGAUUUUUAAACAUUAUUCCUACCGAAAAUAGACAAGAGAUUACAGUUGCAAUUUUAACAUACCUACCAAGAAUUUUUCCUUGUGUCACAAUAUGUGUUCCAAAAACCAGAAUUGUGGAUAACAACAAAAGAGCAAAAACAUUUGAUAGCUGGAGACCAUCUAACAGAGAAAUUUCCGAAGGUUUUAUUUGCAUAAUAAAGAAUGCUAUAGAACUCCAAGAAGUUUAUUUAAAUAAAGAAAAUAAAGCAUCUACUUUUGGGUUAACAGUACAACCGUAUGUCACCUUACUUUGUCCAGAUCCUUCAAACGAGUUUAUUGUUGCUGCGUCAUAUGUUGUCAUUAACAAGUUUGUGUACUCAGUGGAAACACCGUUAAAAGCCGUCGAUAUAUGCUUUAAAACUUUUUUUGCUCUUAAUUUAAACUAUCCAAAAGAAUCUAACCAUAUUUGGCAAUUUAUCCAACAAUUUUUAUAUGAAAUUACAACCAAAACUGACAAAAAUUAUCAGUCAGUGAAUCUUAUUAUUAAUGAUUUAGAAAAAUUGAAAGUGUAAUAUAUUUAAGUAGGUACUAAACUAUUUUGUUUUCAUUGUAUACUACAUUUAAUAAUUAAAGAUG